AUUUUGUUACAGCUCAUAUUUUCACUUCUAAUCCGUCAUGAAAAUGGCUUUUGCUGGGGUUUUCUGGUUUGGUUUUCUAGCAAUGGUCUCGGCUGUUCAUGGAUAUGGUGGUGGUGGUUGGAUUAAUGCUCAUGCUACCUUCUAUGGUGGGAGCGAUGCCUCAGGAACAAUGGGUGGAGCUUGUGGUUAUGGGAACCUGUAUAGCCAGGGUUAUGGAACAAAUACUGCAGCUUUGAGCACAGCUCUGUUUAACAAUGGGCUGAGCUGUGGGUCUUGCUAUGAGAUUAAGUGCAUGAAUGAUGGCAAGUGGUGCCUGCCUGGCUCCAUUGUGGUCACAGCCACCAAUUUCUGCCCUCCAAACAAUGCUCUUCCUAACAAUGCAGGAGGCUGGUGCAACCCUCCCCUGCAUCAUUUUGACCUUUCUCAGCCUGUCUUCCAACACAUUGCUCAAUACAGAGCUGGAAUUGUGCCUGUUGCUUACAGAAGGGUACCAUGCAGGAGAAAGGGAGGCAUCAGGUUCACAAUUAAUGGCCACUCCUACUUCAACCUAGUCCUCAUCACCAACGUUGGCGGUGCUGGUGAUGUACAUGCCGUGGCCAUCAAGGGCUCCAGGACUGGUUGGCAGCCGAUGUCUAGGAACUGGGGCCAGAACUGGCAAAGCGACAACUAUCUCAACGGGCAAAGCCUCUCAUUUAAGGUCACAACAAGCGAUGGCCGUACCGUGGUCUCCUACAAUGUUGCUCCAGCUGGCUGGUCCUUCGGGCAGACCUUCACUGGCGGCCAAUUCCGCUAGAGGAACACUUUAUUUUCCUCCCAUCUUUAGGCCUUUUAAUUAAAUACCAAGUAUAUACCAAGCAUCCAAAAUAUCAGUAGUAUUAACUAGCUUGACUUUUAGUACAUCUAGCUAGUGGAUUAUUCCAUAUGGGGACCAAUACUGGGCCUCUUGGGUCAAAAAUGAGAAAGGGCUUUUUUAAAAAUAGCCCUUUAUCAUUUUGGGUUUAGUUCUGCUAUGGCGUAGGGUGACCUAUUUAAGCGAUAUUUUUUUUUCCUUCUGUCGUUGUAGAUCAGGAGAUGGAAGGGGUGGACUUUUACCACCCGCCAUUACUAAUAGUUUGAUCCUUUUUUUCCUCCUUUGGGAUGUUGAGAAGCAUUAUUUUGGCUUGUGAGUUCAUUUUGAUCAGCUUUCGGCUGACAAUAUGUACUUGGCUUUUAUUUGUAUGAAAGUAAAUUGUAUAUUUACAAAUUUCCAUGUUCA